AUUCAGAACGUAUCAAUUUUCCUCUAUUGGCGAAUUUCUAGGUUUUUUUUUUACAAUUUUAAUGUAAUCCAUCUAUGGCUAUGCUGCCGUUAGUUGAGGAGGAUAUUCCAGAAUUCCUUCUUAAGCGCAACAAUAUUGCCUUUUGUAAUAAUCUGCGUUUGCGGGGAAAAAACAAGACCACUUUGAUUCUAACCCGUACUCUAAAGUUCUAUGAGUUUCGCAAGAAGGAGCUACUACACUAUAUAGACUUAAGUGGCACCUGCUUGAAAAGCGUGGCCAACGAACUACAGUCCUAUGACGGUCCCAUAAGCAGCUUCCUCAUCCCCGAAGACCUGGCUACUACCAGCAAUGAAUCGAUCUGCUACACUAUGCUGCGUGACGCCGAAGGGCUGCCCCUCAGCCUGGGCAAGUACGUGUGGCAGGGCGAGCAUGUGUACGUCUUGCUUCGCUGCUGGCAGAUACUCAUUGUGCUUCGGCGACCGACAUUGCAUGGCGCCAACUUUGAGCUCAAAGCAGAGUACAACAAUGUGCAGGACUACAGGAUAGUGCGAGCAGAGAUCGAGUAUCAGGCCCAGGUGGAGCUACAGUUUACGAAUGGAAAGCGCAAAUGCACUAACUUCGAGGAUGGCUCAAAUGCAGUAACUAAGUUGGACACACACGUGGACUAUAGUAGCAAGACGUUGGAACGUCUGGGGCAGCGUGUAAAUGAGGCUCGCGCCGAGUUCAACUUGCAGCGCGCCAACACCCAACAGGACUUUCAGCGCGUACGAGAUCUGGAGACUUUUGGAGCGCCGGGUCUGCGGUCGCCUCUGCUGGAAGAAAAACAACUGCUCUCGCGUUGUGGCGAUGUGUGGACGCGAGUCUGUGGCGAUUACCUGGUGCUGGGCACACUGCUGGCAAACAGUGCGGGCACCAAUCGUUUGAGCAUUGCGCGCGCUGUCCGCCCACUGCUGAAACUGGAACCAACAGAAGGCCGCGAGUCGUGUCAGGGCUAUAACUAUGCUUAUCGUCUGUAUGAACUGCCACCGGCUAGGGAUGGCCAGCCACCAGAGGACUAUGAUGAGCUGGCGCAGUUCUGGGCGAAUCAGCAACAAGAACAGCGUGCUCGUCGUUUAGAUUGGCGUGCUCUAACUAAACCCCAAGUAAUGCCCGAGUGCACAGCCGUGUUGCUGGUUCGUCUUCAACUGCAAGACUUGCUGCUGCUUGAGCGGCUGCAGUUGCUUGCUCUUUACGAGCUGCUCAAUUCGGACGGCCGUAGCAGCAGCUCUAGGCAGCUCUUCGUCGCCACCAUCGAUGUAUGUCAGUUACUGAAAGAACAUUGCCAGCACGCUCCCAGCUUUGCGCCCAGCUCCAUGCAUCAGGACUUUCUGGCAAUCGUCAUGACGCAAACCGCUCACUGUGGCCUGAAUCUGAAGUUUAGAGACCCACAAGCUUGCAAGGAGUUCGAGCAGCUGCUUGUCAGUAGCUUGGGCUUUGAGGCGUUCCAAAAUAAGUGUGACAACAACGGUGUUAAGGAAGACGAUAUGGCUACACAGCUGUUUGAUGUAACUCGUUUGGAUUUCAAUCAUGGAAGGGAUAACGAAUCUAGCAAUUCCAGCUGCCAGAACAUUUUCUACAAUCGCCAGCCCCUAUCGCAAUGGUGUGGGACUCUACUUCUACACGAUGAAGCUGGAGAGGAAUGGCAAAUAUAUUCCCGAAGUGAGGCAAUGUUGUGUCUGCUGCUGCGUCUCUUGUUGCGCGAUAUGCUGCAGCUGCAUUGCAACGUCACGCUGAUACGGCUUAAGAAUGAAUGCAGUACGCCGGAGGCCACGGCUCUUCACUUUGAGGCGGCACUUCGUGAUGAGCUUCACGCAUGGCAGUUGUCGUUACAGGAAACGAAUGACACCAAGGAGCUGAUAAGCAGGCAAACACAUCUGCUUGAUCGCCAGCUUGUCACUGAUUUGAUUGUCCAGGAAAUUAAGUCGCAAUCGCCUACCGAGGCUUAGUCAACGAAACUGUACAUAUUAUUAGGUCUAUAACAAAAUUGAUCCAUAUUGGAUAAGAAGUAAUUAAUAUAUUUACACAUUUAUUUGUUUAUGUGUCGUAAGGCUUAAAAAAAUGAAUACAGUAGAGGUUUAGUUUCAUACGAA